ACACUUUCUCAAACAAGCCCCCACACAACAAACUGUUCAUCACUUCAUCAUCCAUCUCAUUUUCUUCUUCUUCUUUAACUCUCUAACAAAAAUCCACCCUCAACAAACCCCCAUCCAUGGACACCAACCCCUCCUCCCACCACGGCCUCACCACCUCAGAGCUCUCCGAACUCGAACCCCUCAUCCAAAACUACCACAAAUUCGACCCCCUCCCCAACACAUGCACCUCUCUGAUCGUCCACCGCAUCCAAGCCCCAGCCAAAUUCGUCUGGCCCUUCAUUCGCCGCUUCGAUAACCCGCAAAAAUACAAGCAUUUCAUCAAGAACUGCAGCCUCACCGCCGGAGACGGCGGCGUGGGGAGCGUCAGGGAGGUCACGGUGGUCUCGGGACUGCCGGCGUCGACGAGCACGGAGAAGCUCGAGAUUUUGGAUGAUGAGAAGAGGAUUCUCAGCUUUAGGGUUGUGGGGGGAGAGCACAGGCUGAAUAAUUAUAAGUCGGUGACUUCGGUUAAUGAGUUUGAGGAUGAUGGUGGUAGGGUUUAUACGGUGGUGCUGGAAAGCUAUAUUGUUGAUAUUCCUGAGGGGAAUACUGGGGAGGAUACCAAGAUGUUUACUGAUACUGUUGUGAGGCUCAAUCUCCAGAAGCUCGGUGUUGUUGCACUAGCUGCCUUGCAUGGAAAUGACUAAUCUCGGUCACGAUGCGGUGUGAGUUGCGGUGAUUAACCGGUUUAUGUUCUGAUCAAUUAUAUUACGUCAAUUAUGGAUACGAACGGUUGAGAUUAGGUGUUUAUUAUUUUUCUGUAAAAGAAAUAAUUUAAAUAUGUAGGAUUUUUUAUUUUUAGAAUUUUUCGCCGUUUGUUGAAUUCAUAAUUGAUGUAAGAUUAAUUUGGUUUUUUCAUCUGACGGUGACGGAUUUUUUAUUUUGAAUGAUCCACUUUCUUUUCCGUUUGGAUGAAGAAAGGAAAUAAUUGUAUUUUUUUACGUUCCUUUUGGUUUGACUGAAAUUCUAGGUUUUUUUAAUGGGCUGAUCUAGUUACGGAAGUUGAGUGAAUGUGAAUUUAGUUGUAGCUUCAUUGGUUGGCAAA